UAUUGACAGGGUUUAGGGUUUAGGUUGACCUCCACCGUGCACGGCCACCACCACCGUUCCACACCGCCACCGUCCCUUCCUCGGGAUGGGAAGAAGACGAAACGGCCAAGAAACCCUCCGUCGUCGAGUGGAGUCCCUCUACCCUUCCUCCGACCAAACCACGCACCGUACUACCGACCAAAUUGUUCAACGUCUUCGUUCAACCUACCCUGAUUACCGCCGAAUCAAGCACCAUGCUCUAUUUCGAUUGGUCCACGAAGCUCUUCUACCCUCACACGGUAACGACGACGAGCAACUUCUUCAACCCUCACGGAAGAGGCGCAGCACCUCUUCCGAGAGUGACGCCGACAACGGCACUCCAUCGGAGCUUUCGUUCGACCUUACCAAGACAAUGCUGCGGAAUACGUAUUUGGGGAUGCAGGAAAAGAAUGUUGGCUCUGUGAAUGAAACUGAAACCACGUUGAAGUCGUCCAGGAAGCGAUUGAAGGGUGAUGGUGAUGAUGAGAAGGUGAAGGGGAUAGGGUUUAGCGAUUUGGGUGGGAUUAAGAAGAUUAGGAAGGAACUUGAUGUGUUGCUGUUGCCGUUUUACCAGCCCCAGGUGGCUAGAGAUUUGGGAAUGAGUCCCACAUCGGGCAUUUUGUUGCAUGGACCUCCUGGCUGUGGAAAGACUAGACUGGCUCAUGCUAUAGCUCAUCAAACUGGAUUCCCUUUUUAUCAAAUUUCACCUGCCCAAGUGGUGUCUGGAAUCUCAGGUGAAUCUGAACAGAAUAUUAGAGAUAUUUUCUCUAAAGCACACAGGACUGCCCCAUCAAUUAUAUUUAUUGAUGAGAUUGAUGCAAUUGCUUCAAAAAGAGAGGAUUUAUCGCGCGAGAUGGAGAAACGAAUUGUCACCCAGUUGUUGACAUCCAUGGAUCAACCGGAUAAUAACAGCAAUGUUCUUGUUAUUGGAGCUACUAAUAGGCCCAAUGUCAUUGACUCUGCCCUUAGGAGACCUGGAAGAUUUGAUCGUGAGAUUUAUAUUGGCAUGCCUGAUGAAUCUGCCAGGGAGGAGAUCCUUUCCGUUCUUACUCGCAAUGUUAAACUUCAGGGUCCCAUUGAUCUAUUAAAGAUAGCUAAAUCUACAUCAGCAUUUGUUGCUUCUGAUUUGAAGAGUGUGAUCAGUCAUGCUGGUUCAUUGGCCAUGAAGAGAAUAAUUUAUGAAAGGUAUACCACAGCAGAGCCUCCAGAGGACUGUUUUAGUGAACCUUGGUCGCCAGAAGAAGUGGACAAGGCUGCCAUCACAAUGUCUGAUUUGGAGGAAGCAGUCAAAAUGGUGCAAUCUUCAGAAAGAAGAGAAGGGUUCAAUCCCAUUCCUGAUGUAAAAUGGGAAGAUGUUGGUGGGCUUGAUCUCUUAAGAAACGAGUUUGAUGACUAUAUCAUAGGGCCUAUAAAAUGUCCAGGUGAUUAUGAGGGAUUUGGGCUAGAUCUUUCGACAGGAUUUUUGCUUUAUGGACCUCCAGGUUGUGAUAAACCACUGGUUGCCAAAGCUGUUGCCAAUGCUGCAGGAGUUAGUUUCCGUCAUAUUAAGGGACCUGAUAUUCUAAAUGAAUAUGUUGGAGUAAGUGAGAAUAAUGUUCGGAAAAUCUUUGAUGCAGCAAGGACAUGUGCACCUUGCAUACUAUUUUUUGAUGAGUUGGAUGCGUUGACAACCACACGUGGAAAAGGUAAAGAAGGUGCAUCAGUCACUGAUCGAGUAUUGAACCAGUUGCUCAUUGAGUUAGAUGGUGCAGAGCAUCGGAAAAAUGUUUUUGUGAUUGGAGCAACAAAUAGGCCUGAGGUAAUUGAUCCUGCUCUUUUACGGCCUGGCAGGCUUGGUAGACUUGUUUACGUUCCUCUCCCAAGUCCAGACCAGCGAGUUUUAAUAUUAAAAACUCUUGCAAGAAAGUAUCCUAUUGAUGACAGUACAGAUUUGAGUGCCAUAGGAAGAUCGGAGGCUUGUGAAAAUAUGAGUGGUGCUGAUCUUGCUUUAUUGAUGGAAGAAGCAGUAAUGACAGUUGUUAGAAAGAAUAGGACCUCAAACCAUGGCAAGGAGAUGACCAUCAAGCCAUGGCAUAUAGAAGAAGCACUGACUAGAGUCUUUCCCUCUGUGUCUGACAAGCAAAAGCAGUACUACCAGCGUUUGUCAGAGAGGUUUAGCCCUUCCUUCCACAGAAAUGUAAGGGAAUGAAGAGAAGGGAAAUGCGUCCUUUGGUUGAGAAUGGAAAAGUGGAAACAGUUGUGUGUUGCCUUGGGAUAAAUUGUUUUUCAUCUCCUGCUGAGACGAGAAAACCGGAAAUACAAAAAUAAAAUUCUUUCUCUCACUCCCAUCCAUUAUGUCCUCUGGUGAAUCUCUGGUGAAUGUGAUAGCUUGAUGCAUGGAUGCAACUUUGCACAUCUCAUAUCGCAACUUAAUUAGAAUUGGGUGCUUCACUUAUGGUGGCAACGCUGUUUCUUUUGUCAUUUUAAUACUUCAUUUAUAUUAUGUGCACCUUCAUUUUU